UGACUGAUACCACACUGCACCGUGCACGGACAGAUGAAUCGGACAUGAGUGAGCUGGAUGAGUUUGAUUUAGAGGAUACCUUAUCCUUGGGCGAGGAGACGAUCGGUGCUGAUGAGCCUAAGGCCAAAAAGAAGUUGCUCACCACAAACGUGCACGUGCUGUUCUAUAGUAGGCACGGAUUCUACAAGAAGAAGUUUUACAA